UCUCCCUCUUAUCCUUUCUUUUCUUUAGUUUUUUUUCAUAAUCUGCCCGUCUGUCUCGUCGUUUAAUAAUUAGAUAUCACUGUUGCUUCUGUUAAAUUGAAUUGUGUUAUUUGAAUUUUUGAUGAUGAUUAGAUUUGAGUUAAAUCCGUGGAUCAUAAAUUAGGGUAAUUAAUUAAUAGUUAUGGUAGUUAUAUGGGGAUGAGUGUGUUAGGGUUGAAAGAGGGUAGUGGAGGAAUUUAGAAACCAAACCCCAAAUAGGGACAUCGAUGAUGACGGGAUGUUUUCCUCCUACAGUGGUCUUUGAUUGAAUACGGUAAGAAAAGUUGGAAGGCUUCGAAUUGCUCUUUAAGACUGAGUGAGACAACAUCCAUCACCUUCUACAACUCCUUUUUUGGUAUGCACAUAUUUCGUUUGAUUGUUUUCUUUGGAAUAAACAGUUCAAAAUGAAAGCCUAAAAUUUGGUAUUAACCAUCAUAUGUCAUUUUAUUUUAGUUCUGGUAGUUAUAAGGAUUCUUUCCAUUUCAUGGGUCUGUCUAUGAAUUGCCAGCAGCAGAACAUGAUACCAACUGAGUGCUCCUUGGCUUUGUGUUCUAAGGUAUCACAAUUCUUCCAAUUUACCAUCAAUCCUUUUCUUUCUCUUUCUUCCCCUCUCUCUCUCUCUCUCGUUAUUCUUUUGUUGUUUACCUGCGUUCCUUGAACAACUAACAAUGAUGAUAAACUAAAAUUGCAAAUAGUAUAACAGUCUAGUUGUGUGUUAUUACUUCCAUUUUACCCAUGAGAUGUUCCCAAUCUCAUGUUACUCCACGUCAAAAUCCCACAUUUGGUGCAUGUGAUGAUUUUAAAAGACUACUACCUUGCAAGGGGAUGCAUGAGGUAAGCCCACUUCACAAGUCCAUGUUUAUGAACUCCAUCCUAUUUUUCUUUAUGUUUCCCUCAGGUUAUCUGUUCAGCUGGUGAUAGUUGAUGCCUGUGGUGCCAUCUCUAAUAUGCUUUUAUUGUGUGGAAUUAUGCGCUACCCCUCCCCAUAUCCAGCAAUGGUUCGCCCCUUGUUUCCUCCACGCCCUCCUGGAGCACUUAGUGUGGUUCCAGCAGUGCCUCGACCCCUUGUUCCUGGGAUUCCCGGUGUUCGCCCAGUUAUGUACCCAAUUAUCAGGCCAGUAAUUCCUUCUGUGACACCAGCUGAGAAACCACAAACCACAGUUUAUAUUGGCAAGAUAGCACCAUCCGUGGAAAAUGAUUUUAUGAUGUCCCUCCUUCAGUUUUGUGGACCUGUCAAGAGUUGGAAACGUCCUCAAGAUCCUGCUAAUGGAACUCCUAGAGGUUUUGGAUUUUGUGAAUUUGAAUCUGCUGAAGGGGUUCUCCGAGCAUUACGACUACUGACUAAAUUUAACAUUGAUGGGCAAGAACUAAUGUUAAAUGUUAAUCAAGCAACCAAAGAAUAUCUGGAGCGGUAUGUCGAAAAGAAAACUGAAAACUCAAAGAAUUUGAAAGAGACUCAAGUAGCAGAUACUGGCAAGGAGGAUGGAACAGGCAUUGAUGACAAGAAGGGUGAAUUUUCCAAAUCCUCCGUUGAGGACUCAAACAAUGAUAGUGACAAAGGGAACAAAGAAAAUCAUGACCUUGCUAACUUUGGUAUUGUGACUGAUGAAGACAAGGCAGGUGACCGAGAGGCUAUAGAGAAGCUUACUAGCAUGAUAGAAGAGAGGUUAAAGACCAAACCUCUACCUCCCCCUCCGCCACCUUCACUAGCACCCGCAGAUGGUUCUGGGAAUUCAAAUUUGGAAUUGCCAUCUAAAUCAAGAGAUGGUGACACCGAUGCAGACAUAAUGAGAAGUGUUGAAGGAAAAAAUGAUGACGAAACAAGCAGUGACAAUAAAGCUGCAAGCGAACAGGACAGGCCUGAAACGAGCUCACCUGAUAGGAGUAGAGGGUAUGACAGGAGAAGCAGAGAUAGAGACAGAGAACGAGAUCUAAAACGGGAAAAAGAACGAGAAAUUGAAAGAUAUGAAAGGGAAACAGAACGAGAGCGUGUUAGGAAAGAGAGGGAGCAAAGAAGGAAGAUCGAGGAAGCUGAGCGUGAGUAUGAAGAACGCCUCAGAGAUUGGGAGUAUAGGGAGAGAGAGAAGGAGAAACAGAGGCAGUAUGAGAAGGAGAGGGAUAAGGAAAGAGAACGCAAACGAAGGAAGGAGAUACUUCAUGACGAGGAAGAUGAAGAUGAUGAUUCGAGAAAAAGGUGGCGUAGAAGUGCUUUAGAGGAUAGACGAAGGAAGAGACUACGGGAGAAGGAGGAUGACUUGGCUGAUAGGCUCAAAGAAGAGGAAGAAAUUGCCGAGUCCAAGAGGAGAGACGAGGAAGAAAAGCUUCAGGAGAAACAGAAAGAUGAAUUGAAACUCUUGUCUGGACAUGUCUUGAAUGAAAGUGAAAUGACCAGUCUGGCGGAAGGACCUAUUGUUGAAAGUAAAGAUGAGGCCAUUGAAAAAGACUAUGAUGGUGAUUCUGGUAAUGAAAACCAUGCAGGUGAUGAGGUAUUACAAAAUGGUAAUGGUGAUGAAUCAAACAUGGCAUUAAUGGCUGAACCAGAUACACGACAUAAUGGUAGUGCUCCUGCAAGAAAGUUGGGCUUUGGUUUAGUUGGCUCUGGAAAACGAGCUGCUGUCCCGUCUGUUUUCCAUGAAGAGGAGGAUGAUGAUGCACGUAAGGAGAAGAAGAUGAGGCCACUGGUUCCCAUUGAUUAUUCAACUGAGGAGCUCCAGGCUGUCCAACCUGCUGUUUCUGGAGCACAGCCACCAAAUCUUGUUGCUGCUGCAGAAUUUGCAAAGCGAAUAUCAAAUGUUGCUCCCAAAGAGGAGAAGCCUGAUGUAGAGCGAGAAAGGAGCAGACGGUCUCAUGAUAGGUCUAGCCAGCGGGAUAGGGACCGUAACGAGGACAACAUUAAUCGAAACAGAGAUGAUAACAAAGAGAAGGUUCCUGAACGGGACAGGGACAGGGACCGGAACCGAGAUCAUGGACUGGAUAAAGUCAAGACACCAGAUAAACAGAAGCUUUUGGAUGCGAAGCAAUUGAUUGAUAUGAUCCCAAAAACCAAGGAGGAGCUAUUCUUAUAUGAGAUAAAUUGGGCUGUGUAUGACAAGCAUGAGCUUCAUGAGAGAAUGAGACCUUGGAUAUCAAAGAAGAUCACAGAGUUCUUGGGAGAGGAAGAAACCACGUUGGUUGAUUAUAUUGUAUCGAGUACUCAGGAACAUGUGAAGGCAUCUCAAAUGCUGGAGAUGCUUCAGGCUAUAUUAGAUGAUGAAGCUGAAAUGUUUGUCCUCAAGAUGUGGAGGAUGCUCAUCUUUGAAAUUAAGAAAGUGGAAACGGGCCUUUCUCUGAGGUCAAAAUCAUGAUAUAGCAUGUAAUGCCAUUUUUACUUGCAUGGCUGCAAUGCUGAUCUUGUUAUGUCUUAAUCUUCGUAGUCUCGGUUUCUCGUUAUUGUAAAACACAAGAAGAUUGCAAUCUAGGUUUAUUAAUGUUUCCGAUUUGAAUCUUAAAAAUAGAGUUGUUACCUUUCAUUAAAUGAACACAUUUUUGUUCUUGUUA